UUAAAGGGCGGGAACUCUUUCGCGCCUUCUGAGGGCUGGAAGGUUCGGCGCGCGCGGCAGACUCGAGUGCGCGCGCUCCGGCUGCACUGCGUUCAUUCGCCUCAGAUCUUUCGGUUUUAUAUCGUCACAGCAGCUGAGAGGAUGAGGGUUCGAGUGCUGCUGAUCCUGAUACUCACAUCAGUAUUAAUCACACAUGCUCAAGUGCUGAUGCCCAGAAGGCUGCGUUUUAAAGAGCUGAGCUCCAACACGCUCGGCGUGACCUGGAAGGAGCCGAAGGGAGCGUUUGACAGCUAUAGACUCCUGUACAGCACAGGCUCAGGAGAGGAGCGUGAGCUGAUAGUGAGUAAAUCUGAGCCCAAAGCCGUCAUCGCAGGCUUCGACCGGAGUAAAGAGUACAGCGUGAAGAUCACAGCCGUCCGAGGAGCGGAGCAGAGUAAAGCGCUGCUGGGCACAUACUCCGGAUCGGGGUCGGGGUCAGAGGUGAGUGACCUCAGAGGUCAGCAGGACUCUAGUGCCGCCCCGCAGGACAAUGAGAUCCGUGAAGUGGACGUGUUCACAUGUAGAACUCCAGCCAUCGCCGAUAUCGUGAUUCUGGUGGAUGGAUCGUGGAGCAUCGGCAGAAUUAAUUUCCGUUUGGUGCGGAUGUUUCUGGAAAGUCUCGUCAGGGCCUUUGCGGUUGGAUCUGAACACACACGUGUUGGUUUGGCACAGUACAGCGGGGAUCCACGGAUUGAGUGGCAUCUGAACACUCACAGCACUAAAGAGGCCGUGAUCGACGCUGUGAAGAAUCUGCCUUAUAAAGGAGGAAACACACUCACAGGUCUUGCUCUGACGUAUAUUCUGGAGAACAGCUUCAAAGCUGAAUCUGGAUCCAGGCCUGAUGUUCCUAAGAUUGGGAUUCUGAUCACGGAUGGGAAAUCACAGGACGAUGUUAUUUCUCCUGCUCAGAGACUCAGAGACGCUGGGAUCGAGCUGUUUGCUAUCGGAGUGAAGAACGCGGAUGAGAACGAGCUGAGAGCCAUCGCCUCCCCGCCGGAGGAGACACACGUGUAUAACGCGGCUGAUUUCAGCGUGAUGAGCUCCAUCGUGGAGGGACUCACCAGAAGCGUCUGCGAGCGUGUCUCUGAAAUCAGCAGAGAGAUCAGCGGUGAGACGGAUCCGUAUUCCACGGGGCCACCGGAUGCUCCCAGUAACCUUGUGACCUCUGAGGUCACGGCCAGGAGCUUCCGUGUGUCGUGGACUCAUGCUGCAGGCCCGGUGGAGAAGUACAGAGUAGUGUAUUACUCGUCCAGUGAAUCCAGACCCGAGGAGGUGGUGGUGAACGGUGACAAGAACUCUGUGGUGUUGAGGCAUCUGAACUCACUGACGGAGUAUCAGAUCACUGUGUUCGCCAUCUACAGCAACGCAGCCAGUGAAGCGCUGAGAGGCAGCGAGACCACCUUGGCACUGCCGACGGUCAGUGAUCUGGAGCUUCAUGACAUCACUCACAGCACCAUGCGUGCGCGCUGGCGAGAGGCAGAAGGGGCUUCUGGGUACAUGAUCCUGUAUGCGCCUCUGACGGAGGGCGAGCCCGCAGACGAGAAGGAGGUUAAAGUGUCCGACUCCGUGACUCAGGUUGAACUGGAAGGUUUAACUCCUGCGACUGAAUACACGGUGACCGUUUAUGCCCUGUAUGGAGAGGAGGCCAGUGACCCCAUGACCGCGCAGGAGACCACGCUCCGUCUGACUCCGGCUCGUAAUCUGCGCAUCUCAGACAUCAGUCACAGCUCUGCUAAACUCUUGUGGGAUGCAGCGUCUCGUAAGGUCAAAGGUUACCGUAUCGUUUAUGUGAAGACGGACGCUGUGGAGACCAAUAAGGUGGAAGUGGGUCCGGUCACCAUGCUGUUACUGCGAAACCUGACCUCUCUGACGGAGUACACCAUUGCCAUCUUUGCCCUGUAUGAUGAGGGACAAGCAGAACCGCUGACGGACAGCUUCACCACCAGUGAGGUUCCUCUGCCGCUGAAUCUCCGCAGCAGUGACGUGUCCACCGAUAGUUUCAGAGUGAUGUGGCAACACGGCGCGUCUGACGUCUCCUUCUACAGACUCACCUGGAGACCUGUGGCAGGAGGAGAGAUCAAAGAGGUUCUCAUCAAUGAUAACUCCAACUGGUUUGUCAUCACGGGUCUGAAGCCUCUGACUGAAUAUGAAGUUUCUCUGUCUGCGAUCUACAGAGACGAAUCUGAGAGCGAUCCGGUGGAGAUCAGCGAAACCACAGUUGCCAGAACAACAACAGUUACGACGACGACCGUCAGAACGACUACAGCCGUGCAGCGUCUGGCCGUCAGGAAUCUGCAGCUGAGCGACGUGACGACCUUCAGCAUGCGUGUAUCGUGGGAUCCGCUGGGUCCAAACGUGCGUCAGUACAGAGUGUCGUACAUAAGUACGCGAGGAGACCGCGCAGAACAGACGGCGACGGUUCCUGCGGCUCAGACCUCGCUGCUGCUGCAGCCUCUGCUGUCGGACACUGAGUACCGCGUCAGCGUCUCUGCGCUCUACAGCGACGGCGACGGGCCGCCCAUCACACGCCUCGCCCGCACACUGCCGCUCUCUGCUCCCAGUAACCUGCGUGUGUCUGAGGAAUGGUACAACCGCUUCCGCAUCAGCUGGGACACGCCGCCCUCGCCCACCAUGGGCUACAGGAUCGUCUACCAGCCCACCUCAGCGGCCGGCCGUGCGCUGGAGACCUUUGUGGGUGAUGACGUGAACACCAUGCUGAUUGUCAAUCUGCUGAGCGGGACGGAGUACAGCGUCAAAGUCAUCGCCACCUACACCACGGGAUCCAGCGAGGCCCUGAGCGGACGAGCCCAAACACUGUAUCUGGGAGUGAGUAACCUCAGCACGUUCCAGGUUCGUACCAGCAGCAUGUGUGUUCAGUGGCAGCCGCAUCAACACGCAAACCUGUACCGCCUCGUCCUGCAUUCGCCCCCCAACGGUGAGAAACAGGAAGUGAGGUUGAGUGGCUCCACGUCCAGACACUGCUUUAAUGACUUGACCCCAAACACACAGUACACCAUCAGCAUUCAUGCUCAGCUGCAGGACACAGAGGGACCCGCCGUCACCACCACACAGAGAACAUUUCCUGUGGCCACGGCUCCGCCCACCACACCCAGCACCACCGCCCCCCCGCCCACUCUUCCCGCCACUAAAGAAGUGUGUCGAGCCGCUAAAGCAGAUCUGGUGUUUCUGGUGGACGGAUCGUGGAGUAUCGGAGAUGAUAACUUCCAGAAGAUCAUCCGCUUCCUGUACAGCACUGCCGGAGCGCUGGACCGGAUCGGUCCGGAUGGGACUCAAGUGGCUAUCACACAGUUCAGCGACGACGCUCGCACCGAGUUCAAGCUCAGCUCGUACGAUAAUAAAGAAAACCUGCUGGACGCCAUUCAGAGGAUCUCAUAUAAAGGAGGAAACACAAAGACAGGCCGGGCGAUGCAGCACGUGAAGGACUCUGUGUUUUCGGCGGUGGGCGGAGCCAGAAGGGGCGUGCCUAAAGUCCUGGUGGUGCUGACGGACGGCCGUUCCCAAGACGACGUGCUCAUGGUUUCCCAGGAGAUCCAAACGGAAGGUUAUAUUGUGUUUGCCAUCGGUUUUGCUGAUGCUGAUUACGGCGAGCUGGUGAGUAUCGCCAGCAAACCCAGCGAGAGACACGUGUUCUUCGUCGACGACCUGGACGCUUUCAGAAAGAUCGAAGAGAAACUCAUCACCUUUGUUUGUGAAGCUGCAUCAGCCACGUGUCCGUCAGUACCCAUGAGCGGCAGCACAUUACCAGGGUUCAGGAUGAUGGAGACGUUUGGGCUGAUGGAGCAUCUGUACAGCAGCGUGAGCGGCGUGUCCAUGGAGCCGGGGACCUUCAACAGCUACAGCAGCUUCAGACUCGGCAGCGGCGCGCUCGUCACGCAGCCCACCAGGUUCAUCCAUCCGGAGGGUCUGCCGUCGGACUACACCAUCUCCAUGCUCUUCCGCCUGCUCCCAGAAACCCCGCAGGAGCCCUUUGCAUUGUGGGAAGUCCUGAACAGCAACAACGAGCCGCUGGUGGGAGUCAUUCUGGACAACGGAGGAAAGACGCUGACUUACUUCAACACCGAUUAUAAUGGUGAUUUCCAGACGGUGACGUUUGAGGGGCCGGACAUCCAGAAACUCUUCUAUGGCAGUUUUCAUAAGCUGCACAUCGCCGUCAGUAAGACGUCGGCUCUGGUGAUGGUGGACUGUAAACCGGCGGGAGAGAAGACCGUUAACGCGGCCAAAAACAUCAGCACUGACGGCGUGGAGGUUCUGGGACGCAUGGUGCGAUCCAGAGGAGCCAAAGACAACUCUGCUCCGUUUCAGCUGCAGUCCUUUGAUAUCGUGUGUAGCACGUCAUGGGCUCGACGGGACAAAUGCUGCGAGCUGCCCAGCCUGAGGAAGGAAGCCGAGUGUCCGUCUCUCCCGCGCGCCUGCACCUGCACUCAGGACAGCAAGGGCCCCCCCGGCCCCGCCGGACCCCCCGGAGGCCUGGGCAUCAGAGGAGCCAGAGGAGACCGAGGUGAACCCGGCCCUGUGGGUCCUGUUGGUCCAGUCGGGGACGCUGGUGUUCCAGGUGCUCAGGGGCCUCCCGGUCCCCCGGGGCCCAGCGGACGCUCCAUCAGAGGCCCUCCAGGGGCUCCGGGUGAGACGGGUCAGAAGGGCGACGCCGGUCCUCCAGGGCUGCAGGGUGUUCCUGGCUCUCCCGGGCCUGCGGGACGCGACGGGCCUCCAGGACCGCGGGGGCUGCUGGGUCAGGACGGGCCUCAGGGACGAGUGGGGCCGCCGGGGACCAUAGGGGGUCCAGGAGUGCCGGGGGCGCCGGGGGAAAAUGGCCCUCCAGGACCCACAGGAGACCAGGGUCCUCCGGGACCCCCGGGACACAAGGGAGAGAAGGGCGAGCGGGGGGAACUCCAGUCCUCGGCUUCUGUCCAAGCCAUAGCCAGACAAGUGUGUGAGCAGCUGAUCCAGAGUCACAUGGCGCGGUACAAUUCCAUUCUGAACCACAUUCCCAGUCAGCCGGUGUCGAUCCGCACCGUUCCCGGGCCGCCGGGAGAGCCAGGCCGACAGGGGUCUCCAGGACCUCAGGGAGAGCAGGGGCCGCCGGGACGGCCGGGAUUCCCAGGCAGUAACGGAGAGAAUGGCCAGCCGGGAGCCCGAGGACCUCUGGGCGAGAAGGGAGAGAAGGGCAAUCCAGGUGUGGGAGUCCAGGGACCCAGAGGACCUGCUGGACCGCCAGGAGCUCCUGGUGAAGGCAGAACAGGAAGUCCAGGUCAAUCUGGCCGCCCCGGUAACCCCGGCAGUCCCGGCAGACCCGGGAUUCCAGGACCGGUUGGUCCGCCCGGCCCGCCCGGAUACUGCGACCAGAACGCCUGCCUCGGCUACAACGUGGGAGAGCCGGGCGUCGAUGCUGACCUCACUGACACAGAUGUUCCUGUAGUUCAACUGCCGCCCAGCUCCUACCAGCCGUAUGGCCCCGAGGCCGAGGCCGAGGACGACGACCCCUACGGCUCCUACACCUCCUACUACCAGCCAAACUACCCUCCGCCGCGGCCCGUGCAGCCCGACGACCCCGUCAUAGGUGAAGGAGAGGAGGAGCUGCGCUCGCCCGGCAUGCAGCGGCACACGCGCAGACGCUAGACGCUCCGAACGCAUCGCUGCUGACGGCACAGAGAAACUCAGAAGACAAGUGUGGUAGUGAGAUAUAAACUCACAAUUGUGAGGAAAAAGAGUCCGGAUUGUGAGAUGAAAGUCAUUUUUAUUCUGUACCGGGAAUAAACUCCCAUAGAAAUCCAUUGGUUUAAACACUAAGUGUGUGUGAGUUAUUAAAGGACAGCGAUGAUGAUGAUUGGACUCUGCUUAUUCAUGCCUAUACAUACAAUUAAAGAUGAUUUCUAUAAGUAGACCAGAUGAAAUUAAUCUUAUCUACAUAUCAAAUACAUUUCAUAACAAAAGCAUUUCACAUUUUAAAAUGCUGUCCUGUUUAUGCUGUUCAGAUACAGUGUUUGUCUGCAACCAUUAGAUCUGACUCUGUGUCUUUCUGACUGAAUUAAUGUUCAUUUGUGACCCUGGACCACAAAAUCAGUCAUAAGGGUCAGUUUUUUUAAGUUAGGAUUUAUACAUCAUAUGAAAGCUUUCCAUUGAUGUAUGGUUUGUUGGACAAUAUUUGGCUGAGAUACAACUAUUUGUAAAUCUGGAAUCUGAGGGUGCAAAAAAAUCUAAAUAUUGAGAAAAUCACCUUUAAAGUUGUUCAAAUGAAGUUCUUAGCAAUGCAUAUUACUAAUCAAUAAUUAAGUUUUGAUAUAUUUACGGUAGGAGAUUUACUAAAUAUCUUCAUGGAACAUGAUCUUAAUAUCCUAAUGAUUUUUGGCAUAAAAGAAAAAUGGAUCAUUUUGACCAUACUUAUUAUAUAUACUUGUUAUUGUUGGCUAUUUCUACAAAUAUGUGCUCCAGGGUCACAUUUCUGUUUGUUUUUUAGGAGAUGUGUUGAAUAUGUGCGAUGUAUUCACAGUGAGGAAUAUGAGCUUUGUUGUAGUUAUUUAGGCUAUUUAAGUUUCUAAAGAAAGCAGCAGCAGGCGAGUUUUGUCUGAAUGAUGAACAGAUUCGUUCUGAUUGAAUCAGUUCACUUACUUGAAUCGUUUCUUUCCAUCAGUCUGAUUCAGAAGCAGAUCCAGCGCUUUGAUGCUUGAAAUAUAGCCGUUAUUGAUAUGAUUACAUAUAAAUCAAUAAGACUGAGUGUCAUAUUUAGAGAAAAACAGUCAGUGGAAAAUAUGCCAAGAUUUUUAUUGUACUUUUUUACACAUUUGAAUACAUUACAAAAAGUGAAGCUUAGGAAAUUAGUCAUUUCAGCGCUCAAGUACUGUGGAGAAUAUUUCAUAUAAAACAGAAAUUGUCAGUAUAUCAGUAUUUUGAUCUGUAUGGAAGCUGCUCGUUCUGUUCUGAAUCUGCCUGUAUGAAUGACUGAUUGUUUAAUUGUGAGAUCAGAUGUUCAUAAGCUCUGAUUCUCUGAUCUGAGCUUAAAGUGCCUCUUUAUAUCGGCUGACUAUAUGUAUAUAUAUAUAUAUAUAUAUAUGUGCUGCUCGUCUGUAAUAAGACUCGUCCAGGCUUUCAGUCAUGCUGUUCUUCUGCAGUUCUCUGCCGUUCCUCGUCUGUAUCUCACUUUCAAGCCGUUGUUUUAUCUUCAGAGUUAUUUAUUUUAUCUCAAGUAUUUCUGUAUUUUUUUCAGUAUUCAGCAUGUUUUGAUCUAUCUUGUUAAACCGUUGUUUACAGUCAUUUCAUAUGUGACAUGUUUCUAGGUUUGAUGUAAUGCUAUAUUGUGAUGAUCAGAUGAAUUAUCAUGCAGUAUUUGUGUGCUUGUGAGAAUGUCAGCCUUCUGUCAAAGGAUUUAAUAAAAAAUAUAUUUUAAAAAACAACUGAAAUGUUUGCUGAAAACCGCGUGUGUGUGUGUCAAGUUGAGCAAGUUUAGAUUUUGUGUGUGUGUGUGUGUGUGUGUGUGCGUGCGUGCGUGCGUGCGUGUGCGUGCGUGUGUGUGUGCGUGCGUGUGUGUCAAGUUGAGCAAGUUGAGUUGAGGGAG